CGACGAGAGAUUUCUCUCGUCGCUAAUGCCGUGACGACAUUUUGUCAAUAUAAUUGUAAAUUUAAUUCAAAAUUCAGUGAAUUUUCUUAGUGCUUAGUUUUAUAUAAGCCACAAAAAUGGCAGACAAUGAACAAAAAGCAUUGCAGUUGAUGGCCGAGGCCGAAAAAAAGUUAAAUUCGUCGAAGACGUUCCUAGGAUCGCUUUUUGGUGGGUCAUCAAAAGUAGAAGAGGCGGUGGACUGCUACCUUCGUGCUGCCAAUCUUUUUAAGAUGGCUAAGAAGUGGGCACAAGCGGGCCAGGCGUUCUGCAAUGCCGCCCAAUUACACCUGAAGGCUGGGGUCCGUCACGACGCGGCAACCAACUUUGUAGAUGCUUCCAAUUGCUACAAGAAGUGUGAUCCUAAUGAGGCUGUGUCGUGCCUAUUGAAGGCAAUCGAGAUCUACACCGACAUGGGUCGUUUCACCGUCGCUGCUAAACAACAUCAGAACAUCGCAGAAUUGUACGAGACAGAGUGCGUCGACUUGGGCCGCGCUAUGCAGCACUAUGAACAAGCAGCCGACUACUUCCGCGGUGAGGAGUCCACCUCGUCCGCCAACAAGUGUAUGCUGAAGCUGGCCCAGUAUGCCGCCCAGCUCGAGCACUAUGACAAGGCCAUACAGAUUUACGAACAGAUCGCCAAAUCGUCCUUGGACAACAGUCUUUUGAAGUAUAGCGCCAAAGAGUACAUGUUCCGAGCGGCGUUGUGCCAUCUCUGCGUCGAUAUACUGAAUGCCCAGCACGCCAUAGAGAAAUACUGUGGCCUGUACCCUGCCUUCACUGAUACCAGGGAGUGCAAGCUUAUCAAGGAAUUAAUCGAACACCUGGAAGAACAAAACAUAGACGCGUUCACCGAAGCCGUGAAGACUUACGACAGUAUAUCCCGACUGGACCAGUGGUACACCACGAUGCUCGUUCGCAUCAAGAAACAGAUCAACGACAACCCCGACCUGCGUUGAGUCGCCCGCGUGUCUAUGCCCGACGCCGUUAUCGCCGCGUGAGUCUAUGGUACAGAUGAAAUACGUUUUGUCUAUACCCAAUUGUGUUUAAUUUUGUUAUUUAAUUUCGAUUGGUGCAAAAUAUAUUGUUACUUAACGUUGUGUUGUAUUGGUAAUAAUAACAAUUCUAAAUUAGUUUACUUUUUAGAAUUAUUCGUAGUUUAAUAAAUAGUAAAAUAUCAAUUUUUGCAGCGAACUUGUUUAUAGGAAUUCUAUUAUUUUAUUUUAUUAAACGUGUAAGACGGUAUUGUAUGUGACAAUGCAGAAUUGUCAUUGUAACUGUAACAUUUGUUGUUGAAACGUAAAUCAUUUUUCUGUGGUAAAUUACUUAUUCAUUUACUCAUGUGUCUGUAAUAUACAUAAUUUUUAACAUUCGUUGUCUAAAAACAUAUAGUAUUCUAAAUGACACGCUUCAAUGUGAUGGUAUUACAAUUUUACAUUAAUUAUUGAACAUAUUAGCACGCCUAAUAAAAAACUAAAUUAAUUGAAAAAUUACUCUUGGAAAUUCAACGUUAAUACUAUUGAAUUAACGUUUAAAGUCGAUUUACCUUUUUUAAUAAUGCUGUUUAUUUUAAAGUACGUAA